AUGCACAAAACUCGAAUUCUUCUCGUAUUUAUUAUAUCAUUAGGAAUAUCAUUAAUUUAUGGAAUGUCUUUUUUCAAAAAUACUUUGAUGUUUUAUGAUACUAAUAUAAUACGAUUAUUAAUUCGUUCGAAUCCACCUAUGGAUAAAUUUACUAAAUGUUUACUUGAUGCACAACAUGUAUUUGUUAAUUUAUCGUUACCAUGGUUUCUUGCUUUUGGAACAGCUCUUAUGUAUUAUCGAUCAAAUAAUUUUAUUUCCGAUGAUAUCGAUAUUGGAAUAUUUAUUGAUGAUUUUGAAAAAAUGAAUAUAAGUCAUACGGAGUUUAUAUCGACUGUUCGUAGACAUGGUUUUAAAUUACGUUCUGCAUAUGGUAAUAUGACGCAUGGACAAGGUUGGACACUUGAAUGUCCUCGUUCUAAACUACAUUUUGGUAUUUUUGUUUUUUAUCAUGGUGAUCCAGCUAAUAAUGAAACAUUUGCAUGGUGGACAGCUUCAUACAAUGGACCGUGUAAUACAAAGCGCUACCAUAAAUGUCGUUGGUCAUUUCCAGAUUUUAAAUUAGAUACUUUCGAAAUGUAUGGACAACAAUUUCAGGUAGCUUCAAAACAAUUUUUAACAGUACAGUAUGGACCUACCUGGAUGACGCCAAGGAAAUACGGAUAUUUUGAAUCACUUACAUUUUUAACUAAUCUUAUUGAUGAAUAA